AUGUCACGCAUGUCUCAAGGCACGCGUCUGGGACAAGUCCGUUUCUAUUGUUCUUGACAGCCAAUCAGAUUGUGCAGUGGAAGCGCGUGCCUCUAUAUCACUAUAAAUACUGGUCGCGUGUCAGGUAGAAUCUCACUUCAAACUAAUUUCGCUCCACUCGAGCCACUACUAUUUAAACUGCUACAGCCAACUUUACUCCAAACCAGGAUGGUUAAUGAAGGAACAACCCUGUCUGAGGCCCUGCUGGCUGCCAAGGCUGAUGGUCGCCUCACUGUUGGUGUCUAUGAGUGCGCGAAAAUAAUGAACGAGGACCCUGAUAGUGUGUCGUUCUGCCUUUUGGCUACUGAUGACUUUGAGUGUGACGUCGCUCUUCAGAUUCACUUCACUCUGAUUCAAGCGUUUUGCUUUGACAACGACAUCAGCAUCGUCAGAGUGAACGACUUGAAACAUCUCAGUGAUCUUGUUGGCUUCAAAGGUCAGCUUGAGGACGCUCACUGUGUUCUCAUAACGAACCCAACUGAAGGUUCAUGGGAGGAUCCAGCUCUGGAAAAGCUUCACCUGUUCUGUGAAGAAAGUCGCAGCUACAACGAGUGGGUUCCUGAGAUCACCCUCAAGCGUUGAGCUAGAAGUUCACUCUUCUCUGUUGAUAUGCUGCAAACCUUGAGGAAUACUCGGCUCAUCCUUUGAAUCAAGGAUGAUGAUGUUUCCACAUCCCUGGAUGCUCCUGAGGAGACCGAUCAGUCCAGGCAGCGCGAGGCAGGCCCGAGUGGCCCUCGCGGUUCUACGUCGUUUCUCGUCUCGUCCAUGCCAAGAUGCUCCUCAUUCUUUAUGUGAAUGAGGUCAGGUAUGCCACGAGAGCGACACAAUGGCCCUCAUUCUUUGUGCGGAUGAGGUUUGGAGAGGAAGGAGAAGCGAGUUUUGCCUCUGUUUCCACAGAGCAAAUAUCGCAUGCGUUGGACACGCAGAGGACGCGGCGGUGCGUCGAAGCAACGUUUUUAAAAAUGGACUUUAACAACAUGGACAUUUUUCAAAAUGAAAUUGCUGCACAAUAUAACGUACCUUAUUGUCAGCAAUGUGCUUUCCACUUUCCAGAAUUGUCUUAUUCUCUAAAGGUUUCACUUUAGAAAAAUAAAAAUGACAAAAAAUGAAAAAGUUAAAUAACAAUAAUAUUAAUAUUUUAAAUCUCUAAAGGUUUCACUUUAGAAAAAAAUAAAAUGACAAAAACA